AUGAGGCGUUUCAUAGUGCCACUGAGGGUGCGAGAGUUUCCUAUCUUGGUGGAGCAAGCCAAGAGUGUGGAGCAGCUGGAGAAGGGACCCAGCCUGGUUAAUCGUACACAGAGGAAUAGUGCUGAGGGCAGACUUCAGAAGAAGCCCUAUAGUAGACCAGUUGCGUCUUCAUGGAAACCGAGACCCGCCCGCAGCGGAGGUAGUGGCAUGGGCACUCGUAAGUGCUAUGCCUGUGAUCAGCCAGGACACUUUGCCGAUAGGUGUCCUAAUAGGAAGACUACCCCAGCAUCACGACCUCAGCCAUCCUCAUCUGACAGGCCGCGAGCCGCAGGCCGGGUUUUUGCCAUGACUAGCACAGAGGCCACCCGGUCAGGAGCUUCGCACUCCUUCAUAUCCCAUGAUUGUGUGAAGAAAUUGGGGUUGUCUACUCGUGACCUUGGAUGCGAGUUGAUAGUCUCGACACCCGCAUCUGGACAGGUUUCAACGAACGUAGCCUGUGUUGGAUGCUUGAUGGAAGUAGAGGGCAGACGCUUCAAGGUGAAUCUAGUUUGUUUGCCCUUGGAGGGAUUGGAGGUCAUACUGGGAAUGGACUGGCUGUCUAUCAACCAUGUGGUGCUUGAUUGUGGACGGCGCAGAAUUGUGUUCCCAGAAACAUAA